AUGGCUAGGUUCAGGGAAGUCUUGGAAAGAUGGGGUUUGUUUGACUUGGGUUGGAGGGGGGACAAGUACAUAUGGAGUAAUAAGCAUGAGGACGAGUCUUUCACCAAAGAAACAUUGGAUAGGGCUGUAGCUAACACCAAAUGGAAGGAAAACCAUGCAGAUGGGUGGGUGGAAGUACUGAUGGCUAGGUGUUCUGAUCAUAGGCCGACUCUUCUGUGCAUGAACCAAAAAUAUGAAAAGGUUUGGCGCCAUAAGAGACUGUUCAGAUUUGAAGCUUGUUGGUCCUUGGAUGAGAGUUGUGAAGAGGUGAUCAACACAGUUUGGCAGGAAAGGUCGAGGGGGAGGGAGCCCUCUUUGGGGAUAAAUUUCAAAUUGAAUGAGACUAGAGAAGCUCUGGUAAGAUGGAGUAAACAAAGGGCUUUUGAUCACAAAAAAGCUCUGGUUGAGAAAACUGCUUUGCUAAAGGAGUUACUAAAAAAUGAGGGUAGUCAUAAUACUGCAGCCAUCAAGGCAUUACAAAGGGAGAUUGGAGUUUUGCUUGAGAAAGAUGAUGUGAAGUGGAAGCAAAGGGCUAAGGUUAACUGGUACUAA